CAUUAAUGGAAUGAAUGUCAUGGUUACGUUAUCAGAGCAGCUGAUUUUGACAGCUGCUCAAUUUACCAACACCACUCUCGAUUUCGCAACAAAUUUCGCGUUGUUUAUCAAUGAAAAUUCUUUUUUUAAUGUGCGAAAAUGUUCCUCAAUCGAAUUUGCUGUCUCAGAAGUGUUACCCGGUGCAAACCCUUGUGGUCGUACAGUGCAUGUGUUACAAAAAGUAGGCCAAUUUCCGCUUCCGUUCGUUUUCCUUCGUUGGCUCAGCAGCAUCCGAUCGGAUCCCGAGUUGAUGAAGGGUUUCAAAUAUCGGAUGAGCAUAUCCAGAAGUACCUGGAGAACAUUCGUUUGGAGUACUAUUCAUUGAAGGUGUCGGACCAGCUGAACAAGAAUGAUAUCAAGAGGAUGGCACUGUUAUCGCACGUGGUGGAGAUGUACGAGCAGCGAAAAAUAAUUGUGGACAAUCUCAAAUCGUUGCAGGAAAUGGGAGCAGAGAAGGACGAGGAUAUGCUGCAACUAAUGAAGGAAGAGAAUGAGGCUUAUUCCAACAUUCUGCGGAAGCUGGACGGUGAAAUUAUGGACGGCAUUUUAGCUAUGGAUGAAGAGGAAGAUUUUGGUUCACUCGUGUUGGAGGUAGCUGCCGGUGUUGGCGGCCAGGAAGCCAUGCUUUUUGCACGAGAACUGUUCGAUAUGUACUAUGGGUUCAUCGAUUCCAAAGGAUGGGACAUACAGAUGAUUCAAACCGAGGAUACCGAGUUGGGUGGUAUUCGUCAUGGAUCCAUUAUCAUUAGCGGUAGGGAGGCAUAUCGCUAUUUAAAAUUUGAAGCUGGCGUACAUCGAGUGCAGCGUGUUCCAAGCACGGAAAAAUCCGCCAGAAUUCAUACAAGUACUGCAACUAUUUCUGUCAUUCCCAAACCGGAUGACUUCAAAAUUGAGCUCCAUGAGAAAGACUUGAAGAUUGAAACCAAACGUGCAAGCGGAGCCGGUGGACAGCAUGUGAACACAACCGAUAGUGCUGUUAGAAUUGUACACAUUCCAACAGGGAUUGCCGUUGAAUGUCAGACGGAACGCUCUCAGUUGAAAAAUAAGGAGAUUGCUAAGCAGAAACUGUUGGCUAGGAUGAUGCAGCAGGAAUUAGAAACUAAGUUUAACAGUAACCAAUCGUUAAAGAAAUCCCAAAUAGGUUCCAGUUUGCGAAAUGAAAAGGUACGUACUUAUAAUUACAACCAAGACCGUAUCACGGAUCACCGCAUUGAAGGUGGGACUGUUCACAACUUGAAGGCAUUUAUGGAAGGAGGGCAUCAGCUGAACGAUAUGAUAUUGAAAUUACAAUCUGCUCAUCGUAAAGAGCAACUGAUGGCAAUUAUCAACAGUUCUGUAGACAACAAUUAGGCAAUAUAGAUUGAACAGUAACAUGGUAUUAUCAUUCAAUAUAUCUCAAUAUUAAACAAAACAUUGUUUAC